UGUGCAGCAAAUUUACCAUUGUUCGAGAUACGAGAACGAUCAGAGUAUUUUUAGGUUGAUAAGCUCCGGCUAUCGGUGGUAAUCUUCAGUGUUUGUUAACUCGAGAAGGCAGUAUACGCUCGAUACUGCGGUUGAUCGGAGAUGACGGACGACUACACCGAAAGUUCGCCGGUAGUGUGUACUACUCAUGGAAAAGUACAAGGAACUCUGCUUAAAUCGCUGUACGACGAGCAGUUCUACGCUUUCGAUGGCAUCCCAUAUGCUGUUCCUCCGCUCGGAAGUCUGCGCUUCAAGGAACCGCAUGACCUGAAGCCUUGGCACGGAGUUCGAGAUUGCUCCAAGCCCUUGAACAAGUGCCUACAAGUGAGCUCCUACACCAAGUUGGUGGAGGGUUCCGAGGAUUGCCUGUAUCUGAAUAUUUCUGUGAAAACUCUGCUCGGCGAACCUAUGCCCAUCAUGGUCUAUAUUCAUGGAGGUGCUUUUAAGGGCGGCGAUUCUUCAAGACGAGCUUGGGGUCCUGACUAUUUUAUGAAGGAAAAUGUGGUCUAUAUAAGCAUUGGGCAUCGACUAGGGCCUUUGGGCUUUCUGAGUUUUGAGGAUCCCACACUAGAGGUCCCUGGCAACGCCGGUCUUAAGGACGUAAUCCUGGCCCUUCAGUGGAUCAAGGCGAAUGCGGCCAACUUCAAUGGCGACCCGGACAGAAUAACGAUCUUUGGCCACAGCUCCGGCAGCAUGACGGUUCAGCUGCUGCUGGCCAGUCCACGAACAGAAGGACUCUUCCACAAGGCCAUCCUUAUGGCGGGCUUCUCCAUGGAGCUGAAUCGUCUGCCUGAUAUGGAAUUCCGCCUGGCCAAACACCUGGGCUACGAGGGAGACAAUGUCGACAGCCAGGUCUUGCAGUUUCUCUUGAAGGCAGAUCCGCAUCAGCUCGCCUCAGCGGACUUUUUCACUCCGGCGGAGAAGAGUCAAGGCCACGUCAUGGCCUUUGUUCCCAGCGUAGAGCGAUAUGCCACCCCAAAGGCAGCUCUCCUAUCGGAGCCCGUCGACCUCCAGCGCACUGCAUGGAGUAACCGCAUUCCCAUCAUCCUGGGCGCCAACAGUGGAGAGGGUUUGACCAGCAUUAAUUUCAUCAAAACCAACCCUUCUUGGCUGAAGGACUUCCAGCACAACCCCGAGCGGGUGUUGCCGUGGACUCUGAGGAAUCGCUGUGAUCCCGGACUGCGGCGUCAGUUGGGCCAGGCGCUGAUCAACGACUUCUGCCAGGUUCACGGACACGAGCUGACUGCCAGCCACACGGACGCAUUUGCGGAUCUCUUCACCCAUAGCAUGGUGCAUGCCCUGGACCGACUAAUCCGAGCCAGGUUGUCCUAUGGCCAGGCACCCACUUACCUGUACCGCUUCGACUUCGACUCGCCGGACUUCAACUUCUACCGGAUCCGCUUCAUGGGGAAGGAGCAACGGGGAGUCGGCCAUGUGGACGAGCUGGGAUACAUUUUUGUGAUCCCAGCCACCUUUAAAUUGAACCCAUCUCGGCCCGAGUUCACCGCCAUCCGCCGCAUGGUGGCCAUGCUCGUGCAGUUCGCCGCCACCUCGGAUCCCAAUGCACCACUCACCAAGUCUCUGGUGGAUUGGAAGCCCGUCUCCCGGUUCGGCCAAAGAAUGGUGCUCAACAUCAGCGAGGAACUAAGGUUCAUUCCCCAACCAGAGAGGCCUAAGCUAAAGUUCUUCGAUCGGCUCUUCGAAAUGGCUGGAGUGCCUCUAUUUUAAGAGAUUCCUUCUAAUUGUUAAAUAAAAGAAAAUCAAUAAAAAAUACCUGAAAACGUA